CUAAAUCGUUGGGCAAGGCAAAAGUUAUGGGUAAACAAUUCUCUCUCCUCAAUUCUCUCUCUCUUUUCUUUGUACUGCUUCCCAGCCAACGAAAAAAAGCCCCCAUUGCUAACUGCAAUUUGAUUUGAAAGGGCGAAAGCAACAAAAGAAUUUGAAGUGACCCAUCUGCACCCAUGUAGUGUACUCUCUCUAUAAACGCUUAAAUAUCUGCCUCUUUCUCUCUCUUUCUCUGUCUCUGCUAUAGAGGGUGGUCUGCGGUUAGAGGGAGUUGCUGGUGAAGAUGCCGAGGCCAGGGCCGAGACCUUAUGAGUGCGUGAGGAGAGCUUGGCACAGCGAUAGACACCAACCCCUGAGAGGUUCUAUCAUUCAACAAAUUUUCAGGGUCGCUAAUGAGAGUCACAGUGCCGCAACUAAAAAGAACAAGGAGUGGCAAGAGAAGCUUCCUCUCGUGGUCUUGAAAGCUGAGGAAAUCAUGUACUCCAAAGCCAACUCUGAGGCUGAGUACAUGAACCUAGAAACAUUAUGGGAUCGUGUGAAUGACGCCAUUAACACAAUUAUUCGGAGAGAUGAGAGCAGUGAAACCGGAGAGCUUCUGCCUCCUUGUAUUGAAGCUGCCCUCAAUCUGGGCUGCAUUCCAGUUAGAGCUUCAAGAAGCCAACGGCACAGUAAUCCCAGGAGUUACCUCAGCCCAAGAGUGCAAGAACCUGUGUCUGCACCGCUUAGAGUUUUGGAAAAAACAAAUGAUAAACAAUGUCCUCAGUCAGCACCGCUUCAGUCCAGCAAUCAGUUGAACUUUGCAAGAGCCACCAUGGCUGUAAAUUCAACAUUUCCAGUUUCAGAAAGUAACCAUCAUUUGACUGAGGCUAGUAAUGUUGCUACUCCUUGCAGUUAUCCUCUACUGUAUGAUAAUACUUCUACUGGCUGUAGUCAGUUGAUGACGAAGGACACUAACAAGCAACUGAACUUGGGUUCAGUUUAUCCUUUGUAUUAUGGAAAUAACUAUCAGAGAAAAAAGCCCCAUUUGGUUUCCCAAGUCACAGAGAAGAAUCCCAACAUUAUAUAUGUUGGCAAUCGUUUCAGCACAUUAGUUGCAGAGUCUGCUGAAAUGGGUGUUUUGCAGAACCUUUUCUGUCCUAGUGCUGAAAUUGCUGCCAAGAGGAUCUCACAAGGAGAUUUGGGGAUUACUCAUGAAAAGUCACCUGGGAUGCAAUGUGAUUUGUCUUUAAGGUUGGGUCUAUGUGCUGAACCCUGUAUGAGCAUGGAAAGUUCGGCUCAAGAGACAGAGGAUCUUGUUUCAAACAGUUCUCUAGAUAGGGGCAAGCUUAGUGAGUUUUCUCUACAAAAAAACAAAGAGUUGUUUCUUUCUCCUAUUACAAAUACUAAUGAUCCUUCUGAGUCCUGUCCAAUUAAGUGUUUUUCAGUGGGUGAACGUCAGAAUUUGGACACAACUAUGAAAAAGCGUAAGGCACCCUUCAAUGAGGAUGCGGAGGAUGGACAAUUUUGUUGGCGACCUAAGUUUCCUUCUAACUAGUUCAUUGGUCAUAUAGAAAGGCCAGGAGCUUUGAGAUCUUGUUUUGGAUGGCAUCAAGUUUGCGAGGUUGUGACGUGUGUGCCAUGGGUGGAGCAAGCUCCUCGCUUGCACGUGAGAGUACUACUACUUAGUAAGGGUAAACACCAUUGGUUGUAAUUGGGUUGAAGGAUUUGGGGAUCAUGUGAGAUUAAUUAAUGGUGUAUUAUUUUUCCUUUAUUAGUGGAUUGUUUCGUAGAGUAAGCAAUUUACCGAACCACUUAAA